AUGGUGCCACUAGCAUAUCAUGAUCAACACUUUGUGCCAUUAGAACACUCUUACCAACUGGUCACAACAAAUUCAUUAACACAUCAGCACACAGGUGAAAAUCUAAAUCAACCCAAUAACCAUUCUGUGGUCAGAGUGCAAUCCCAUAGUAAUCAUCUUGCAACGCUUCCACUAAGUUCUAACCAGAAGGUGCAGAGGUCCCCUCCCAAGUCUCAGAACACAAUUUCACCGGACUUCUAUAGCAGGGUUCUGAAAUCACCAUUAUCCCACUCCAAACAUCAGACUAUACCUUCGCUAGACAUCCACCAGAGAACUUCUUCACAGCCUAAUUGGAGAGCCCUGAACUCACAUUUGUUCCACCUCAAACCUCAGACAAAGUCUUCACCUGAUCUCAACAAGACAUCAUCAUCACUGGAUCCCAAUCCAACAGCCUUGAGCUCACAAUUAUCCCUCCCUAAACAUCAGAAUACAACUUCCCCAGACCUUUGCUGGACAUCACCUUCCCUGAAGUCAAAUCAAAGAUUCUCAAGUUCAUCAUUAUUCUCCUUAAAACAUCAAAAAACACCUUCCCUAGACAUCCUCUGGGCAUCAUCAUCUUUGGGACCUAAUCAAAGAGCCCUUUGCUCAACAUUCCCUCAGUCCAAGCCUCGGAAAUCAUCUUCACUGGACAGCCUUUGGACAUCUUUGUUAGAGUGCAAUCAAAGAUCUUUUAGCUCACCAUCACUCAACUUUGUACCUCCAACAAAUGACUUUCAUCAGACAACACCUUUGUUGCAGCCCAAACAAAUAGCUCUGAGUUCAUCGCUACCUAAUUCCAAACCUCAGACACCAUCUAUUUUGAGCCCUAAUCCUUAUAUUCCGAGUUUACCAUCGUCUAACUCAAAACAUUCUAUCUAUCAGACUCAGAGUAUGCCAUUAUUCCAGUCCAAAUCUCAGAUGGUGCUUACACUCGAUCAUGCCUUCAGGUCCCUGAGCUCACCAGUUUGUCACUUCAAGUCGAAGAACACCACUUUACCAAAUGACAAACACAGAGCUACAGAUUUAUCUUCACGCCAUCUCAAACCAAAUGUCUCAGGUGAAUCAUUAUCAAGCUCCAAAUACUGCAUCAGAAGCAUGGCUGCUUCAACACUGGGCUCCAGAAUCCAGAGUAAAAACAUCUUCGAUCUUUUUUCAAAGACAGAUUCAAAUAAAGAAAUUUCAUGGACUUUAGAUUAUGUUUAUCCCUGCAUUGUUAAAGGUGGAACUGUUCCUGAUGAUGUUGUAAAUAAAAUUAUCAAUUCUCUGUCUAAGACCAGAAUCCAGAAGGAUCUCUGUAGGCAGAUUCUCUUUCGAAGGAUGAGAGGAAGGCCAAAUCCUUAUCCUGGUCCCCGCAUUUCAUCAAGUUAUGUGAUUUGCUUAGCUUGUGCUUCCUGCAUUAAAUCUCAGUGUUAUCAUCUUACAGGAAAAAAAGAUCCUCGUGCUGCAACAUUAUUUGUCAUACCAACACCUGAACCCAGUGCUGAGGGACAAAUAAAGAUGAAAUUAGUUUUUAUUCUUUCCGUACCAGAGACUUCUUUCUCAUCCUGUCUACCGUUCUCUUUGAAAGAAAACCAGCCUGAUGAAGCCCUUGAAGAUAACGUUGAAGAAAUUGAGAAGAUAUCACAAUUUUUUCCUACAUCUGAACCUGAUAGCACUCAGGGGCUAAAUGUGAAGGAAAAAUGGCUGACAGUAGCUCCUGAAAAGAAAGUUGGCUCUAUGUUUGUCUUGACAUCUUCUAGGAAGCCUUUAUCUGAUCCACUUACAAACAGUAUUAAAUAUGAUGUUGGCCGAUAUAUAGCUUAUCAGUGA